CCGCCUGCUGGGGACGGAGCGGGGCGGCGCGAACUCUUGACCCUGCCGAGAGCCCGGGCGGUGUAGCUGCGGGGCGGGGAAGUACCCGGAUCGCCGGCUGAGCGGCCUCGUUCCCGGGGGGCGACUCACUGGGAGGCAGAGGGCUACGGAUUGAGUGCCUCUCGCGGCUGGGAGCCGGGAGGAGCCGUGCGGGGGCGUCUUCGGAAACGCAGGGAGCCGCGGGCCGGUGGGAGGGGGCGGCGGCCACCGCAUCGAGGCUCCUCCCCCAGUGACCACACUGGCUGCUUUCGUUUCCUCUCGUGACAGGUGCUCGGUUGGUCUGUCUUGUCACAGCGAGGUAUGAAUCGUCCUCGCGAGAUUUGUCCCCAGGCAGAGCGAGGCUGAGGCUUGGCGUCCGGGGCUUCUCAGGAACCGGUGCUCUAAGGGCUUAAUGUUGUGUGUGAGGCCUGGAGCCAGACUGCCCGCUACCCUGAGCUCAUCACCCAGGCUGCGACUCUAGUCGGGGAAGGUGUGGCCUCGUGCCUGGCCCAGCGCCAUGCACACACUUGUGUUCCUGAGCACGCGGCAGGUGCUGCAGUGCCAGCCAGCUGCCUGCCAGGCGCUACCCCUGCUGCCACGCGAGCUCUUCCCCCUGCUGUUCAAGGUGGCCUUCAUGGACAAGAAGACUGUCGUGCUGCGCGAGCUGGUGCACACGUGGCCCUUCCCACUGCUCAGCUUCCAACAGCUGCUGCAGGAGUGUACGCACUGCAGCCGGGCCCUGUUGCAGGAGCGGCCUAGCACAGAGAGCAUGCAGGCCGUGAUCCUGGGGCUCACAGCCCGGCUCCACACCCCAGAAACUGAGGCCGGCACGCAGCCCCUCUGCAGGAAGCACGCACUGCGGGUGCUGGACCUGACGGGCCUCCUGGAUGACGGUGUGGAGCAGGACCCCGGCACCAUGAGCAUGUGGGACUGCACUGCAGCCGUGGCCCGCACGUGCAUCGCACAGCAGCAGGGUGGCGCUGUGGAGCCCGGGCUGGCCCCCGUGCCAGUGGAGGUGCGUGUGGACCUGCGGGUGAACCGGGCCUCUUACGCGUUCCUGCGGGAGGCGCUCCGCAGCAGCGUGGGCAGCCCACUGCGGCUGUGCUGCCGGGACCUGCGCGCAGAGGACCUGCCCAUGCGCAACACCGUGGCCCUGCUGCAGCUCCUGGACGCGGGCUGCCUGCGCCGCGUGGACCUGCGCUUCAACAACCUGGGCCUGCGCGGUCUGUCUGUCAUCAUCCCUCAUGUGGCCCGCUUUCAGCACUUGGCCAGCCUGCGGCUGCAUUACGUGCAUGGGGACUCGCGGCAGCCCUCCGUGGACGGUGAGGACAACUUCCGCUACUUCCUGGCCCAGAUGGGCCGCUUCACCCGCCUGCGGGAGCUCAGCAUGGGCUCCUCUCUCCUCUCCGGACGGCUGGACCAACUGCUCAGCACCCUGCAGAGCCCGCUGGAGAGCCUGGAGCUGGCCUUCUGCGCUCUGCUUCCUGAGGACCUGCGCUUCCUGGCACGCAGCCCCCAUGCUGUCCACCUUAAGAAGCUGGACCUGAGUGGCAACGACCUGUCCGGCAGCCAGCUGGAGCCCUUCCAGGGUCUGCUGCAGGCGGCAGCAGCCACACUGCUGCACCUCGAGCUGACCGAGUGCCAGCUCGCCGACACCCAGCUGCUGGCCACACUCCCUGUGCUGACGCGCUGCGCCAGCCUCCGCUACCUCGGCCUAUACGGCAACCCACUGUCCAUGGCGGGCCUCAAAGAGCUCCUGCGGGACUCAGCGGCCCAGGCAGAGCUGCGCACAGUAGUGCACCCCUUCCCUGUGGACUGUUACGAGGGCCUGCCCUGGCCACCACCUGCCUCCGUCCUGCUGGAGGCCUCCAUCAACGAGGAGAAGUUCGCCCGUGUGGAGGCCGAGUUGCACCAGUUGCUGCUGACCUCAGGCCGUGCCCAUGUGCUCUGGACCACGGACAUCUACGGGCGCCUGGCUGCAGACUACUUCAGCCUGUGACCUCGGGCUAUGGGUGAGAAACAGGCUGUCCCGGGGGCCAGGGCUGCUGGAGGCCCCCCCUUGGGUAGGCAGAGCCUCGGCUGGGACCCUGGCACGAAGGCACUGGUCUCUCCUUUCCUUGUUCCUGGGCGCACCUUGAGCUCCUCCUUGUGCUUUCUGCAGUGUCCUGUGCAGCUUGUCCUGCACCUGCUCCCCUGACUGGCCGGCUGUCUGUGGGCCUGGGCUCCAGAUUCCAGGCCUGCAUAGCCCUGCUUAGUUUGGCUGCCCUCUGGUACCCUGGCCCUCUCUUCAGACUGUUCCCGGGGUCUCAGCUCUGAGCUGAGGGAGGGUGUUCUCUUGGGGCCCUUACCGAGAGCAAAUUGUUCUGGGGUUGAAGUUGGGACAGGGGCCUGCUUCAAGCAGGGUUGGGUCCUCAAGCACUCUGUCCGGAGCCUGUCACGGUUUUCCCUGCCCUGGCACCCGGGAGACUCAGUCGGCCAUGCUUUGGGGCCAGAGGGUGUCAUUAGGGCACAAACGUGCAGUGUGUUUGCAACUUAAAUCUGUGACUCCUUUUUCUGUCCUAAUGGAUCAGAGUGCCUCAUCCUGGCUGUGCUGUCGCCCAAGUACCGGCCGCUGGCUAACAUGUCUUUCGGUCUGCUGCCCCUUCUCCUCCCCCGCUGAGGACCCUCCAGCAGCACAGCCCUUCUGGGCAUUUCCACAGUCUGGCGCCCAAGCUCCUCCAGCGGGCUUGCAGAGCCAGAGGCAGGCCCCGCAGAGCUAGCGUUCGGGGUGAUUCUAGGAGGGGUCUUUUCUGG